AUGGGCAAUGAGCAUAGCAUUUGUAGAUUAAAAGUUCAAUUAAGUGAAACUUCUGAAAAAUUUACUCCAACUAUUCGUGGGUAUGAAAAGCGAAUUGCUAGGGUUUUAGAUCCUUUACAAUUAAUGCCAACGGAAAAGAAAGGAACUCUAACCAAAAAUCCAGCAGAAAAAAUUAAUAUGUUGGCAGACGUUUUGGCCAAUUCAAGAUCUACAAGGUAG